AUGUCCCACAUCGAAGACGUCAAAGCACCAGUGGAGGCUCACGCCGAGCCUCUCAGUGCUCAAAAGGCCGUUAUCCAAGAAGCCCAAGCGGCAGCGGAAGUUGAGCAAGAAUUGGGAUUGUUGAAGUCCAUCAGGCUCUACCCCAAGGCAAUAUGCUGGUCUAUUCUUCUGUCAACCGCUAUCAUUAUGGAAGGCUAUGACUUGCUGUUGAUGGGUUCUUUCUAUGCAUUGCCUCCUUUCCAGAAGAAAUAUGGGAAACAAUUGCCAGACGGUUCAUUCCAGAUCCCAGCGCCAUGGCAAUCUGGCCUUUCCAAUGGUGCCACUGUCGGUUCGAUCUUUGGUCUGAUGUUGAAUGGAUACAUCUCUGAGCGCUUUGGGUUCAAGAAGACAAUGCUUGGUGCUCUUGCCGUGAUCUGCGGGCUCAUUUUCAUCCCUUUCUUCGCCCCGAGUCUCGAGGUCCUUCUCGCCGGUCAAAUCCUGAUGGGCAUACCCUGGGGGGUCUUCCAAACUCUUCCGACUGCAUAUGCAGCGGAGGUAACGCCGACACACCUGAGAGCCUAUCUCACAACAUAUGUCAAUCUCUGCUGGGUUUUCGGUCAGCUUCUCGCAUCUGGAGUGCUGCGUGCUCUGCUCACACGAGACGAUCAAUGGGCGUAUCGAAUUCCGUUCGCGCUCCAGUGGGUUUGGCCAAUUCCACUCAUCAUCGGGAUUUCAGCGGCUCCAGAGUCCCCAUGGUGGCUGGUAAGGCAGAAUCGCAUCGAGGAUGCCAAAGCUGCCCUUGGUCGGCUCACAUCAAAGAACGGUGCUGUUGAUCUUGACAAGGCAGUCGCCCUUAUGGUGUAUACGACGGAGCACGAGAAGGAGUUAGGAACCGGGACAACUUACUUUCACUGCUUCAGGGGCAUCGACCUGCGCAGAACCAUGAUUGCGUGUGGCUGCUGGCUGAUUCAGACGCUGUCGGGUGCCAGUUUCCGCACGUAUUCGACUUACUUCUACAAACAAGCCGGGUUAGCAACAGACCAAGCUUUCAACAUGGCAAUCGGCCAAUACGCACUAGGAAUCGUCGGCGUCUUCACGGCAUGGUUCCUUCUUCCUCGAAUAGGCCGCAGAACUAUUUACCUGCUUGGCUUGCUUUGCAUGACAACUCUCCUUGUCACCAUUGGCGUCCUGGGAGCAGUAUCGAACCCUCCCACAACUGGAAUCGCUUGGAGUGUCGGAUCGUUGCUCCUGGUGUACACGUUCUUUUACGAUGUCUCCGUCGGGCCUGUUUGUUACAGCCUCGUCUCGGAGAUCCCUUCCGUACGCCUUCGAAGCAAGUCCAUCGUCUUGGCCCGCGCAUCAUAUAACUGUUUGAACAUCGUCACGGGGGUUAUUACACCAUACAUGCUCAAUCCAGGGGCAUGGAACUGGGGCGCGAAGACCGGAUUCUUUUACGGUGGAACGUGUGUUUUGAGUGUCUUGUUCACGUUCUUCUGCAUCCCAGAGCCGAAGGGACGUACAUUUGCGGAGCUUGAUAUCCUCUUCCACAAAAAGACCCCUGCCAGAUUGUUCGCGAAGACCCCCGUAAGUCUGUAUGAGACCACUGCCCUGGACGAGACGUAUGAGAAGGAAUAA